GGCCGUGGUUCGCAACAAGACUUUACUAGAUCAGUUGGUCUUAGGUGAUUCAAGCGGGUCUGAGAGGGGUAGUGGUGAAGAGGAAGAAGAGGAAGAAGAGGAUUUCUACGACAGCAACGAAGAGGAUGUCGAGGAAGACUUAGGAGCAGAUUCACAAUAUGAGUCGCAACUUCCUGAGCAUGUAAGAACGGCGGAUCUUUGCGACUUUGACGUCGCCCCGGAGGAUGAUGAAAAGAUUAUGUGGGAUCCUGGGAUGGAAUUCCGAGUAGGGAUGGUACUCCCAAAUCGCGAUGCCGUCCGAGCUUGUGCGACUACUUAUUCGGUCGGGGUGGGAAGAGAGUUCAAGGGUCGCCGGACUACCAACUCGACAAUAGUGUUGGCUUGCAGGCAGAACCCUGUAUGUAAAUGGUGGCUGCGCGCUACACUUCUGCAAGCAACUCAGACGUGGACGUUGACAAAAUAUAUUGGCCCGCACACGUGCAAUCAGCUGUUACCUGAUCCAAACCAUCGGAAUUUUGGGUCUGUUGCAAUCGCAGACUAUAUCAAGGGUCAAGUAAAGCUGCAACGUGAUAUACGGAUCGAUACCCUCAGAGCUGGAAUUUGGCAACAAGUUGGAGUUAGGCCUCCGUAUAAAUGAACCUGGAAUGCAAAGGAAAAGGCAAUAGCUGAUGUUUACGGUGGCUGGUAUGAAUCAUUUGCUAUGGCUGAACGUCGGGACUACUACACUCCUGGGCCGUUGGUGCCAGACGUUCUGACAAUGCAGGACGAUCACAGAUCCUCGGUUAUUUGGGAUAACCAGGGCGACGAGUCUUCCUUAGGGUCACGUUCGAGCGCCAGACUUACUCCAUUUCACGAGCUAGAUUCUCGCAUCAGGAAUGGGAUUAUUCAGACUGGCAUGUCUGGUUUUCUCGCGAUGCGCCAGUUUCCAGUUGACUUGUGCCUUAUCACAGCUCUUGUGGAGAGGUGGAGACCAGAGACACACACGUUUUGGUUUCCAGAGGGCGAGUGUACUAUCACGCUGCAGGACGUGGCCAUCCUGACAGGGCUCCCAGUGGAUGGGACGCCAGUUACCGGACCUCGUAUACGGGAUUGGAACACGGUGUCUGUUCCUCUUUUAGGGAGGCAGUUAGAGGUCAGCCGUCCCCGUAAACCGGGGUCCUCGUGGGUCAGUGGUGCUUGGUUGUCAGCCCAGUUUGGUGGAUGGACGGUAUUGCCUGCGGGUGCUACAGAGGAUCAGGUUGACCAGGCGGUUCGAGGUUACCUUUGGGCUGCUUUACAGGGUCUGUGCUUUCCGGACUUGAACAGCGGCCACUUGGGCGUGAGGAUUCUUCCGCAUCUGGCGGAUUUAGGCCACUUGCGCGAUAUUAGCUGGGGAUCGGCUGUUCUGGCGUAUUUGUACCACGAGCUAUGCCUCUGCGCCUCUGCUUCGGCGGACAGACAGAACAUCGGGGGCGCCGUGUGGAUUCUACAGCUCUGGGCUUACGAGCGACUUAGGCCAUUGCGACCCCGUUUGGCCGACUUUGAUGUCACGGGGGGAUUGCCUUUGGGUGACAGGUACAUUUUUCGUAUGAAGUUAUCUUAAUUUUACG